AUGGGAAUAAAAGGAAAAGAAAAAAGAGAUAAGGCAAAAAACGAGAAAAAACAGUUAGAAAUGCUCGAAAAGGAGAAAGAAUUGUACAGCAAAGCAUGUGUUGCUAGUAGUAUCAAAUUUGUUGCGGGCGAAGUAAGUGACAAAACCACUAAACUGACGGAGACUGACAAAUUUUCUAGUAGCUUGGCAACAAUACUAGCAAGAGACAAAGAAGUGGUGGCGGUAAUGCUGAAAGUUUUAACUAAUGGAUGUAGUGUUUACAUUGCUAAAAACGAUAACUGGCUCGAGAAUGAUACCAUACAUAUUAACAGAAUCGAAAAUUACCUGAAAAGAAUAUCUGAAGAUGCCCCCAUAACAAUGCAAGUAGCAACAAAAAGAGAUGAUGUGCGUGCUUUAUCAAGCGAAAUAAUGACGUACUGUGCUGUUAAACUUCAAUCUAGAUUUGAAAAACUCAAGAAAGAUAUAAUUCGUGAUCGAAACAAACAUAUUAAAUCUUUCAUAAAGUAUGCUUCAAUUGACACUAAGAAUAUGGAUAACAUUAAUAAAUACGACUUUUCAAUAACUUGUUUUGAAUAUCGUAAAAACCAAAAAAUGCUAUUCAAAAGUCUUGAAGAUCCUGCAACCCCAAAAUAUUUGAAAAAAUUUCUAGGACAUAUCAAAAAGGUGGGAUCUUACUACGAGUCCUUGAACAAGAUCAUAAGUUGUGCAUGUAACGCAAAGUAUAAAAUUCUAUUUUCUCAUAUGGAAGUGCAUAUGUUGGAGCCUAUUAUGGCCAAGCAGUCCAUAAUUUCCUGGGAGAAUGUUAUCAAAAGAUUUAUUACCGAUCACGAAAAGUAUGAAAAUUUCAAGGAAGCAUGUUUGAAUGAUGAUAAAAAGAAUGAUAAUUUAAGACGUGUAUACGGCGAAAAUAUGCAACUGGAUAGUGCAGACAUUAGACAAACUGUAAAAUUACACGCAGAAAUGAACAUAUUGACCAACGUACUAAUAAAUGAGGGUGAUAAAAGUAGAGCAUUUAUAGUUAUAUCCAAAAGGUGCUGUUAUUUAUGUGAAUUGUAUAUCAGAUUUGCGCGAACAAAAGGAUAUGUUAUUGAUAUUUCUGGAACACAUAGAAAGAUAUAUCAUUUAUGGAAAUUUCCGGACGUAAAUAAUGCUAUCUUCUAUGAUGAAUCUCUAUCACACAUACUAAAAAAUCUCAAUCAGAUCAUAAAGGAUGAAACAGAUAAUCUUACUGAAGAAAUGGCGUCAUCUGAUAGUGAGGCAGGAAGUGUGGGCUCUAAUAAUAGUAAAACGGGUUCUAGUCAUAAUGUUAAUGAAGAAUUUAGAUCUAUAUUCAAAGAAAUUUAA